AUGUCUAAAAGAUCAUUGUCCCCAGAACACGAGGAGGGGAAGAAGCAAGCAAAGUACGGCGAUGACAUGGCUAUAGACUCUGAAUUGAUGGCUCAUCACAAGGAAAAAUCAGACGUCAAGGCAGAAGCUGGUGCUGAAAAGGAAUUAGACAACAAGUCGGCUGAACCCCAAGAUGGGAACGAAAAAGGCCAUGGCGCAGCAAUUGGAGCUGUAGCUACUGUUGCCGCCGCCCUCAAUGAUCAACUGAAGGACCAAGACCAAAAUGAAAAUGUGCAACAACAACAACAACAGCAGCAACAACAGCAGCAACAACAACAGCAGCAACAACAGCAACAGCAACAACAGCAACAGCAGCAGCAACAACAACAAGCUUAUCACCAAAACUUACUUAAGCAAAAACUUGAGCAGCAACACGAGCAACAAAAUCAGCAUCAAUCACCAGAGGGUAACCACUUGUCAGCUCAUGGUUCACCUUUAGACCCUCACCAAGGUAGUCCUGGUAGUGAUUACGCACAGAGUCCCAGUGCAAAUAAACCACAGCACGGCACCGAUGAAUGGCAUAGGCAAAGAAAGGACAACCAUAAAGAGGUAGAGAGACGCAGAAGAGAGGCCAUCAAUGUUGGUAUCAAGGAAUUGGCGGAAUUGAUCCCCACUAGAGAUACUAACAAGACUCAAAUUUUGCAAAGAGCAGUGGAAUAUAUCAAGAGAUUGAAGGAAAAUGAAAAUAACAAUAUUGAAAAGUGGACAUUGGAAAAGUUGUUGACUGAACAAGCAGUGUCUGAGUUGAGUGCAUCUAAUGAGAAAUUGAAACAAGAGUUGGAAAGAGCUUACAGAGAAAUUGAACGUUUGAAAGAACAGCUUAAAUGA